GGGACACACGCACCCUGUACAGGCUCCUUGCCCACUCCAAGUCAGGAGAGGGCGUGGAGAGAUGCAGGGCAGCUAGGCCGGUUGCAAUCUUCCCAAGAUUGCAACUUGUCCCAAGCCGGUGGUAGCUCAGGGGACAGGACCCAUUCAAAUUAGUCCUUCUGAGGACAGUUUACUGCCUUUGGCUGGAGAUGAACCCUGCAGGUACGGGCCCCACAGUCUCCUCUGGGGGCGAGUCCACCGACGUGUCCCUCGGCCCGCCGUUUCCUUGGCCCUGCCCGCCCGACGUGCGGCUCUGUGGCCAUCUGAGGAAGCAGAAGUCCCAGCGCCGCCGCUUUUUCGUGCUGCGUGCUGACCCACCACGGCUGGAGUGCUAUGAGAGCGAGAAGAAGUUCUUGGCCAGCGGCUGCCGCCCACCUCGACCCCGGCGUACCGUUAGCCUGGAAGGUGCCUGCACUAUUAGCAAGCGCGCGGAUGCCCGUCAGCGCCACCUGAUCGUCAUCUAUACCAGCGACAGCAGCCUGGGCGUGGCGGCGGCCAGUGAAGCAGAGCAGCAAACAUGGUACAGCGCCUUGCUCGAGGUGCGCGCCACCGCCGCUGCAGCUGCUGCCACCGCUAUGGGUUUCAGCCCCCAAGAGGCCCCUGAGUCUUGGAUCUUCGCCCCGUUCCAGGACGUCUGGCCUGUGACACUGCGGUCCAAGGGGCUGGGGAGAGCACCAGGCCUGAGCAGCGGCAGCUAUCGCCUGUGCCUGGGUUCUGGGGCCCUGAGCCUCCUGCGGAAGCCGGGAAGCAAAGGCUCCAGAGACAGCCGGGCAACGCCACCACCAGUCCUGCGCUUGUCCUUGCUCAGUGUGCGCCGCUGCGGCCACGCAGAUUCCUUUUUCUUCCUGGAACUCGGGCGCUCAGCGCCCAUAGGUCCUGGUGAGCUGUGGCUGCAGGCCCCUGAUGCAGUGGUGGCCCAAAGCAUUCAUGAGACCGUCCUGGCUGCCAUGAAGAGACUGGGGAGCAGUGCAGCCAGUGGCAAAGCUGAGGCACCGCUGGGAGAUUCUCCAAAGGGGGCUUCUGCAGUCCCUGCCCCAGCACCAUAUGAGAUCCCUGCUUUGGCACUGGCAGCACAAGCGAGAAGUCCGGGUGAGAGAGCGAAGCAGGACUACGUCAAUCCACUGGAAAGGAUGGGGUCAGCACCCUCCUACAGGGGGCCAGAUCUGGGUGGGGACUACAUCGCCAUGGGAAUGAGGAAUGACUAUGUGCACAUGGGGGGGAAAGCUGCUGAGUACAUGUGGAUGGCGCCCCCAGGUCUCCCUCCCCCCACCCCUCCCAGGGUAGAUCCCAGAAAGGAGCCUGAGGAUUGUGAGAGCACAGAGUAUAUGCCCAUGAACAGAUUUUUACCGGGGCCUCUUUACUACGAGUUCAAGGCCAGGGAGCCUGAACAUGGGCAUUCUAGUGCCCAGUGUAGCAUUAGGGACAGAUGGAGACCCACGGUGGCUCAGCCCCGCUCUUCCCAAGGGUCAGAGCUCUCUGGGGACUACAUGUACAUCCCUGACUAUCCCAGUGCUAGGCUGGGGUCUCUGGACAGCUGCCUCAACUAUGUGGACCUGGACCUAGUCCCUCCCCUGGAGGUUCCUGGAGCGGCCCCAGGGAAUAGUCCACAUAGCUAUGCCAGCAUCAAGUUCUAGAACUUUCAGAAGAUAGGGGAGGAGAACCAAGCAUUGGUUAGGGAAGAGAGGAAAAGAAGAGAAAACCUUAGCACUGUUCAGCUCAGCUUCUGCACAUAGGAGCCAGGGACUCUGAGGCCUUGUGAGGUGCUAUGCUGCCCCCUUGCCUGCUCUGUCUCUUCCAGCUGUACCGCCUCAGAAACACCUCAGGAAGAAGUGCUCCAAAGAAAUUAGACUCUUAAGAGAAAGUACUAGAACAUCUCUCUGCACCCCCACCCCAAACCCAAACAACAAACAAAUAAAACACCUACAGAACC